GAGCUUGUCAGCGGCUGGUUUCUUCGCUGCUGCUGCUGCUGCUACCGGUUGUGUCGCUUUCGCUGGGCCGAAACGGGGAAACGGAGUCGUCCAUGGUAGCGACGUGUCGCUUGGGAGGCGCCUGGGAAAGCGCUAGGCCGCGUCGCCUCCUGGGAGCCAGCUUACCGCAGCCCCUGGCCCUCCGGCCUUCCCUUCUGCUUCAGGUGCUUCAGGUAUUCCGAGGCCGGGGCCCCGCAAGGGUCGCUCGCCCGCCCGCCCCUCCAGGAGCGGCAGGCCGGGAAGGGGAGUCGGGAGGCAGGAGCCCUCCCGCCGGCGCUGCCCUUCCUGCCCGAGGCCGGAUUCGAUCCCCCUCAUGAGGACCAGGCGGGGAGCGACCGAGAGCCCUCCGCGCCCCACAGCCCGCCGCAGGCCGUAAGGAACAGGCGGGCCGGCUUAAGAACUUGAAAACACACAUGUAUCCUACCAUUUCAAGAGUUUUUUUUCAACCUAUGGAACUGGAAGAGAUACGAGGCCUGCCUUACUGGGACAUUCUUGGAGUUGUGUCACUAAGUACUUAUCCAGUGGCGACUUUAUGCAAUGGCCUCAAGCCACCAUUCUUCACCAGUGCCUCAAUCAAAAAGCAGUGAUGGUUUCUUUAAAAAGGAAAUGGAUUCUGCUAGACGCUUUCGAACAGUACAAUCAUUGCCGGAUGUAUGUCCCAAGGAACCCACAGGUGAUCCUACUAGUUUGUGUGACAGCCCAUCUUUAGUUGCUGAUCAGCACAGAUGGACUAUUUAUCAUUCCAAAGUGAAUCUCCCAGCAGCACUAAAUGAUCCUCGGUUAACAAAAAGGGAAUCUGAUUUCUUUACAAAAACAUGGGGACAGGAUUUUGUGGAAAUUGAAAUUGUGCCUUCACUCUACCUCCCACAGAUCAGCAAGGAACAUUUUGCAACAUACCAACAGGAAAUUGCUCAGAGAGAGAAGAUUCAUGAGAAAUGCAAGACCAUUUGUCCUCCUAAAGACACUUUUGACAGGACAAUUUUACAUACUCAUGAUAAAUCCAGGACAGAUUUGGAGCAAGUACCUAAGAUUUUUAUGAAACCAGAUUUUGCCUUGGAGGAUCCAUUAAUAUUUAAUGCAGUGUUACCUUGGUCUCAUUUUAAUACUGCUGGAGGAAAAGGAAAUCAUGAUGCAGCUUCCUCAAAGUUGCUUCAGGAAAAGCUAAGCCACUAUCUCGAUAUUGUGGAAGUAAAUAUUGCUCAUCAAAUCUCUCUCCGCUCAGAAGCAUUUUUUCAUGCAAUGACCUCGCAGCAUGAACUGCAAGACUACCUCAAGAAAACUUCCCAGGCUGUAAAAAUGCUUCGAGAUAAAAUAGGCCAAAUUGAUAAAGUAAUGUGUGAAGGCUCUCUUAAGGUUUUAAGACUGUCGUUGGCUAGAAGUAACUGUAUAAAAGCGUAUAAUAAGUUGAAGCUGAUGGCAACAGUGCAUCAGACGCAGCCUACUGUGCAGCUAUUGUUGUCCACUUCUGAAUUUGUUGGAGCAUUGGACUUAAUUGCAACCACACAAGAGGUGCUACAACAGGAACUGCAGGGCAUUCACAGUUUCCGGCAUCUUGGAUCACAGCUUUGUGAACUAGAAAAGCUCAUAGAUAAAAUGAUGAUUGCAGAGUUUUGUACUUAUGCUCGCAGUGACUUAAAUAGACCUCUGGAGGAAGAAUCCCAAAUUCUAGAAGAGGAAAGGCUUGUAUCACUAGUGUUUGGACUUCUAAAACAAAGGAAGCUGAAUUUUUUUGAAAUCUAUGGAGAUGAAAUUAUUAUUACAGCAAAGAGCAUAAUAAAGCAGUGUGUAGUCAAAACAGUAUCACAGAUAGAAGAAAUAGACACUGAAGUAGUUGUGAAACUUGCAGAUCAAAUGAGGAUGAUGAAUUUUCAACAGUGGUUCGAUCUGCUGAAAGAAAUUUUUUCUUAUUUUAUCAUCUUUCUAAAGAGAAUUAAGGCAACACUAACUGUCAUAAGGAACGUGGUUCUCUCAGUUCUAGACAAGAACCAAAGGAGCAAGCUGUUGGGAGAUGUUACCAUGCAGAAGAAUUCUGCUAAGGAGACUAUCUUAGAUACAGAUGUGGCCUAUUUAACUCAUGAAGGCAUGUUCAUAAGUGAUGCCUUCAACGAAGGAGACUUUCCAUCCACAGCAGCAGAUUCUGUCUCUCAGAGAAACAUUUCCCCGGACAGCGAGCCUAGCAGCAGUGAUUCUGUAUCUGAGCCCGAAUGUACCACUGAUUCCUCCUCUAGCAAGGAGCAGGCUUUUUCAGGUGCUGCAGCUGGUGGAAUCGACAUCAUGAUUGGUGAAGAUAUAAAACUGUCAGAGCUGGAACUGGGUAGACUGGCAAACAAUAUCCAGGAACUACUUUACAGUGCCUCUGACAUUUGCCAUGAUCGUUCUGUCAAGUUCUUGCUGGCUAGGGCAAAAGACGGUUUCCUGGAGAAACUGAAUUCUACAGAGUUUGUUGCUCUUUCACGACUGAUGGAAACUUUCAUCUUGGAUACAGAACAGAUCUGUGGUAGGAAGAGUAUGUCAUUGCGUGGUGCACUUCAAAGUCAAGCAAAUAGAUUUGUAAACAGAUUCCAUGAGGAAAGAAAGACUAAGCUCAGCCUCCUGCUUGAUAAUGAGCGAUGGAAGCAAGCUGAUGUUCCUGCAGAGUUCCAGGAUCUUGUUGAUUCGAUAUCAGAUGGCAAAAUAGCUUUACCAGAAAAAAAAGUGGGAGCACCUGAGGAAAGGAAGCCAACUGAUUACCUUAUUGUUGAUGGACAGAAGUAUGCUGUAGUUGGGACAGUGUUAUUAUUAAUUAGAAUCAUUCUUGAAUACUGCCAAUGUGUGGACAGCAUCCCCUCCAUAGCAACGGACAUGCUUACUCGCCUGUCCGAUUUACUGAAGUAUUUCAACUCAAGAAGUUGCCAGCUGGUGCUUGGAGCAGGGGCCUUGCAAGUGGUUGGCUUGAAAACAAUAACUACAAAAAAUUUAGCCCUCUCAUCACGCUGCCUUCAGCUGAUAGUACACUACAUUCCUGUUAUCAGAGCUCACUUUGAGGCUCGCUUGCAGCCCAAGCAGUACAGCAUGCUUAGGCAUUUUGACCACAUUACCAAGGAUUAUCAUGACCACAUUGCCGAGAUUUCAGCAAAACUUGUAGCCAUAAUGGAUAGUUUAUUUGACAAGCUCCUCUCUAAGUAUGAAGUAAAAGCACCUGUUCCAUCCACCUGCUUCAGGAACAUAUGUAAACAGAUGGCAAAAAUGCAUGAGGCAAUAUAUGAUCUUCUUCCUGAGGAGCAAACACAGAUGUUGUUUUUAAGAAUUAAUGCAAGCUAUAAACUUCAUUUGAAGAGGCAAUUGGCCCACUUAAAUGUAGUCAACGAUGGAGGACCUCAAAAUGGCUCUAGAAAUUUCCAAGGAGUCCAGCGCAGAUUUAACCCCUAUCGUGUGAACUCACAGAGGUCCACUAGAAGAACUAUGGUUACAGGCUGGUUACAGCAGAUGUAGCAUUUUACACUGGAAACCUCCAAGCUUUGAAAGGGCUUCAAACCCUAGACUUAAACAUGGCUGAAAUCUGGGAACAGAAGAGGUGAUCCUCCAAGGGAGAGUUGCCCCUCGACUGGAGAUGGUUUCUUCCUUGCAGAGGAUGAACACUUACAACCCAGAAGAAGAAAUGCUUCUGAAAUGGGGGUGAAAAUUAGCUAUAGUAAUGACUUUGGGGAGAGUCCUUUUAACCAAGGAAAGAUCCAUUUUGUGCAAUUUCUUCAUUCUCUCUGGAACCAGGCUCAGGUUUCUUUGGACCAAAUCCAAAAGAAUACAUAGCUGUAACACAGCUGUUGUUGUCUAGAGAGUGCUCUGUAAAUCUUUAUAUUAAAAAGAUGCUUUGCAUUUCCUCUAGUACAAUGAAAUUCACAUGGUGUCUCACCUUUAUUUAAUGAUGGUACCGUUUGAAAAUACUUGCUGUUGAGUUCUAGAAGAUGUUUUCACUAUAAAACUAUACUGUUAAAUUAUUUUUUUACAGAUGUUUCUAUAAAGUCUUGAUUACCUACAUAGACGAUUCAUUAGGGUGCAUACAUGGUCCCAAAGUAUUUCUUCCAGUUGUUCUUCAUACUGCCACCGGAAUACAGUAUUUUUACAUACUUUCCAGAUUUUGAAAAUGAAACUACAGAGCUUGCCCCCUCUAUUUUUUUAAAGAGCAAGCUGAAAAAACAGUUCUGCUUAUUUAGACUCAGCUGAGCAAUUUUAACCUUUGAUCAUAUAAGAACCCCCCUCUAAGGACAAUAAAUCUGACAGUUUCUAUGUAUCCCUUACCAUCUUCCCUAUCCCAAUAGUUAUUUAAGUUGAACUACAUUCAUAAGAGCAGCAGUAGAGGAGGUAUGACUAACUUU